AUGCCGAAGAAGAAAGUUGCCAAAGUAAAGAGGGCUAAAGCCGGGAAAGGAAAAAAAGACGGAAAACAGGAGUCAAAAGUGGACAAAGAGUCAGACGUAGAGAAGGCCAAGGCCAACGCCGCCCUAUGGGAGCUGAGGUUACAGGUCACCGACCAGUCGCUCGCGCAGUACCGGGAGGCUUGCCGGAAGUUGGCGCGCGUCAACGAGGAGCUCACCAACCAACUGUACCGCGUGGAGAAGGACACCAUCGAUAUAACCGGUUUUCUGAAGAGACAGGAUGCAGCCAAAGAGGAGAAGAUCAAUAUGCUGCAGAAAAGCCUCAAAAGUCAAGAGGCACUUGCACGUGAGGAGCAAAACAAACUGGUUGAAGAUUACACACAACAAAUCAACGAGAUGAAGGAGCUAUUCAGAAAGAAGUCCAGCGACUUUAACAUGAUCCAGGAUGGAAUGAAGAAAAUUAAGGAGUUUCAGAAGAGGAAAGCACAGAUGGAGCAGGAGCUCAAUGAUAUUAGAGAAAGCAUGGCUAUUGCUGACAAGGAGCACAGGGAAAAUCUAAACAAAAUGGAGCGCAAAUUCUUCAAUGAAAAGGCUCACCUGGAGAGCGAAGCUGAGCAAACAAUAGCCCUGGUGGUGGAAAGGGCCCACAAUGAAGCCAUUGUGCAGUUGGACGAUGCCUCUCGCUCUGUGUUCAAGGAAAACGUCCGUCUCAAUGAAGCACUGAAAUAUCACAUAAAGGAGACAGAGGACCUGCAGAAACUGACAAACUCACUGUCAAGGCAAAAUGCCUCUCUGGAACUGGACAAGAACACCUUUGAGUUGAUGGUAAAGAAGAAUGCAGCGCAGAUGGAGGCUCAAAAAGAUGAGCUGUCUAAACUGAGGGCCAAGGUAGCUUCCCUGGAGCAGGCCCUAGAGCUUAAGGCUGAGGAAUCUGAGCGAGUGGAAAAGAAGGAGAAGGAGAAGAUCCUGGUCAGAUCCCAGGCCAGCCAGGUAGAGCUGGAGAAGCUUCAGAAGGUGCUCGCCAUGCGAGAGAGAGAAUUGGGGCACAUCAAGCAGCUUGCGAGCACCAUUGUGCAACAGCGUACAGAGCUGGAGCAGUUCUUCCACGAGUCACUGGCUCAGGUGAAGCAGGAGAUCGUGGCCAGCAGGCUGCAAUACAAAAAGGAGGCUCUACAGGCUUAUCGCUGGAGGCUGAGAGAAGCCACAGCAGGAAAGCUAAAGUUCCCACCCAUCCGCACCUUCCAUAAAAGCCCACACAGUACCAACUCUGUCUAUUCAGACAUGGAGGCAGCUGCGACGUGGACACAUCAACCAGGCAGCAAAGUUGAAAUCUCAGAUCUCACGUGGGAGCAGAAGGAACAAGUGCUCAGGCUUCUCUUCGCUAAAAUGAACAGACAGAGGGAAAGGAAAGUUAGCCAACAUCUGGCUUUGUCUGCCUCCUCUGAGAAGAAGAGCCUUAUUGACAGUGAUGCUGCUGGAAUUAGAGACGAGCUCUCCCUGGCGACCUUCAUCACCCAGGCGCCUGAGUCCGUUCUUCCCUCGAUCCCAAACAGCCUGCCGGAUAUACACACCACAUGACCUCUGUGUGGCCUCUACAUGGCACAUCACACUCUGGCUUGUUUGCCUCUGCUCCGUGCACUUCCCACAGAGUGUCAAUCAUGUGUAUGGCAGAAUACAAGAUGUUUGUUUGUGCUCAUUAUAAAUAUCUUACCAUGCAUGUAUAUAUGGCUUUUGAGUUCUCUCUUUCAUACAUCAAGCUUGUUUGAAUUCUAUUGCAACCCCAUAAAGGAUCAGUCCAAAACCUCAUU